GGCCCGUUGUACUUUGUAUCUGCUUCUCAAUUUUAACCAAAGAAACACUUCAAGAUGGAUUCACUCAUCAACGCUGGCAAGGAGUACCUGUCGGAGCAGCUCUCAGGUUCAGGUUCCGGCUCCCAUCAAGGUCAAGGUGGCCGUCUUCCUCCCGGAAACAAUGCCUACGGUGGUGCCUAUCCUGCCGGCGGCGAUUUCCACCACGAAGACGAGGAGCUGCGCACUGCUCACCAGCAGGCCUCGCAGUAUGCUGGCUCUUCCGGCAACAGCGAGAUCUUCUCCAACGUCAUCAGCUCCAUCGGCCAGAACAAGAGCCAUCUAGCCAACAGCGACAUUGAUGAGCAAGAGGCCAUCCGCAAGCACCAAGAGACCUACUCCCAAGACACCAGCGACCUGAGCUCCAACAGCCUCGGCUCCGCCGCCGCGAUGCAGGCGCUCAAGAAGUUCACCCAGGGCGAGACAGGUGGUAACCAGAGCCAGGGCGCGUUUCUAGGCUUGGCCCUGUCUGAGGCCAGCAAGCUCUUCGACGCCAAGGCUGCCAACGGACAGGUAGCUUCCGACGCCAGCAAGGAGUCUGUCAUCCAGCAGGCCGGCGAGAUGGCCAUGAAGAUGUACUUCAAGAGCCAGGGAGGUAGCAGCUCGGGCGGAGGCACGUCUCAGCUGUUGAGCCUCGCCUCCAAGUUUUUCUAAAGGGCCAUUACUGUGUGUGAAAUUUCAUAGCACUCAACUAGGUGUAGCCUUUUUUUUUUUAGUGAAAAUUGCGGGUAAAACGAUGAAAUGAAUUUACGAAGAUUUUUUACG